AAAAAAUAUCUCUUGCGAGUUUCGACAUCUUGUGUAAUUGUGUACUCUUCUCUCAACUCUUUAAAACAAAACAAGCCACAUUAUCAUACCAUCUCGAAUUCUCAAUCAUGUUUUUAUUCGGCUCAAGCCUCAAGCCGUUUAGCCGAGCCACUAAAGACCAAAAUUGAGCAUUCAUUGAAAAAAAAAAAAUAAUGACAAAUCAAAACACAGGAAAAACCCAACCCAACCCAACACCUCCAUUUCUACGAAACAAAAGCUCUAAAACAAACUAGCAGGCGGCCAUGGCUGAACCUUCAACAUCACCAGAUCAAAAUACAACCGCCAUAACUACAACUACAUCAUCUUCUUGGGGAACUCUGGAGGAACUUUUGCUAGCCUGCGCCGUUCAUCGUUAUGGUACCAAUUCCUGGGACUCCAUUGCUAGAGAACUCCAAAAUCGCACCACUUUUUCUCUCACUCCUCAUAUCUGUCAACAGAAAUAUCGUGACAUUAAACGCCGUUUCUCUUCCGAUGAGAAAAGCGCCGGUGAUUCUAAUCACUGUCUCGAUGAGUUACGUCGUCUCCGAGUCGCCGAACUUAGACGGGAACUUCAACGUUACGAUCUUUCUAUUGUGUCACUGCAAUUAAAGGUGAAAAAAUUGAAGGAAGACAGAGGAAAAAACGUAAAGGAUGAUAUCAAAGAUGAGGUCGAUCUACAGAAAACUCAGGAAAAAGAGACAGAAAUGAUAAUGAAUAAGGUGAAAGCUGAACCGCCGGGUCAAAGCGAACCGGAACCGGUCGAACCAGUAAACGCCGAACCGGAACAAAAUCCCGAACCGGAAAAUAACUCGUGCAAUGGAAGCUCCAAUUCAAAGGAAAAGCAAGCAGGUCAGCAGGAGAGGAAGAAGAGAGUUAACUCGGACGAGUUAGUGGAAUCGGUGGCUGAGUCAAAGGAUGAUGUUGGUAGUGGCGGUGGUGAAAGGGAGGAGGCCGGGACGAAAGAAAACAGUGACGUUCAGAGUACGGCGAGCUUGUGGAGGAAUGAAAAUAACAAUGGAAAUAAAAAUAUUGAUAGAGGGAAAAAAGGUGGGGGGUUGUCCGGAACUAGUAGCGGUGAUGAAAAUCAAUCGCCGGCGAUUAAAUCAAAUAGUGAUGUGAAAUCACAGCCGUUGAUUGAGUUUCUUGAGGUUGUUCUAGCUCGUAAGCUUGGCUCGUUUUUUGAGCGCCGGCUCGAAAGUCAGGAAAAUCCCAAAUAUAAGAACCUAAUACGGCAGCACAUUGAUCUGGGAACCAUCCAAAGAAGGCUUGAAGAAGGCCAAUACACCGAUUGUCAUACGAAAUUUUACCGCGAUGUUAUGCUCCUCAUCAACAACGCCCUUAUCUUCUUUUCGAGAAAAACCACAGAACACAAAGCUGCACUUGAGCUCCGCCAACUACUCGACAAACAGUUCCGACCACAUGUAUCAUCUCCACAUGAUCACAAGUCAAACCCUUCAAAGCCUAUCCAAUUAGUACCAAUACCAAAGCCAACAAAAUCCGAGGCCAAAGAAGUUGAUCUCAAGCCUAAACUAACAAUAACUGGUCCAAUUAUUGCUUGUAGGAAGCGGAGCUCUAUAGCAGGAAAAUCGUCACAAGGAGGUGAGAAAAAGGACGCAUCACCGGCAACACCACUUAUUGACAAAGAUUUGAUUCCUUUGGGGGAGUUGAUGAAGCAGCAAGCAGAGAAGACUUCAUCAACGUCAUUCAAUGCUGUGACUAAGAAGCGAUCAAGAGAUGGGAGUUUUGGGUCUAGGAGCUCAUCAAGCAAGAACGAUAACAGCAAUCCAAGCCCCAGCACUCCUGUGUUAAGCAAGGGAGAAAGUACUGAGGCUAAGGCUGAUAAAAAGAAGCCGAGUCCUGGAACCUCCUCGAGUAAAAUGAAGCAGAGUUCAGGAUCAGGUAAACUUUUACUGUUAGAGUCGUUGAAGAAUUCAGAUAGGAAGACGAGUAAUGACAACAACGGAAGUAAUGCUAAGACUGACAAGCGGAAAGAUGAAGGUACACAAAGUAAAAUUGGUAAGGAGAAGACAAAGGGUAAGGAGGAAAGACAAAGUCUGGGGAAUAGGAGCAGUAGACGGCCACCUAAGAGGGCAGCGGCGAUUGCAGCAAUGGGUAAGAGAGGUCGAGAUAAUGGUGGUGAAGAACCACAGCCAAAGAAACGCCAAAGGAAGUAAUGGAGGGAAUUUGAGCACAAUGUUUUGUAUAGUAAGGGCCUAAGGGGGGAGUUUUGAGUCAAUUGAAUUGUUUUGUAAUGUUUAGGCAAGUAGAAUUGUGAUGGGCAUGCCUUAUUAAUUUUGAUUGAAUUUGGUUUGUUAAGAAUUAACAUCAAUUCUGUAACAGAGUCCUGGGGGCAUGUUUUCUUGUACUUCUAUAAUUGUAUGCCUGAUAGGUGUAACCACUAUUUUUAGCGAUAA